AUGCGCAUCACCCAUUUGCCGUUCCUCGCUGUCGCGCUCUCCGCUCCCACCGUCCUUGCUGCCGAUGGAUUCUUGUCAGGUCCCAAAACCGAACUUGCCGCCAAUGGACUAGAGAUUGUGACUGCCAACCCCAAGACAUGCAAACGCCCCACCAAGUCCGGAGACAACAUCAGCGUCCACUACCGCGGGACCUUACAGGCCGACAACACUAAAUUCGAUGCAUCAUAUGACCGAGGAGUACCUUUCAGCUUCAAACUUGGUGCUGGGGAGGUGAUAAAAGGAUGGGAUCAGGGUUUGCUAAGCAUGUGUGUUGGUGAAAAAAGGAAGUUGGUCAUUCCUCCCGAGCUGGCAUACGGUCACCGAAAUUUGGGUGUCAUCCCUCCGGAUAGCACCUUGAUCUUUGAAACAGAACUCAUCCAGAUAGCCGGCGUGCCCACCGAGGCUGAGGAGCCUAAACCUAGACCAGAGGAGUUUCUUCCUCCUCCACCAAUCCCCGAGGACGAUUUCCCUCCGCCGCCUCCAUCCGGUAGUGGAUCUGAGAAAGGACCCAAGGGCAUGAUGGAAGCACAAGACGGUGAAUGCAAGCUUCUUGGACCAUUCGCCCUUAUCGUACAGGCCGCACUGGGCGCGCUCGCGCUAUUGUCUCUCGUUUUCAAGCGCUGGAGAGAGCGUCCAAGACGUCCGCUCAAGAUCUGGUUCUUCGAUGUGUCGAAACAGGUUGCUGGUACCUUCUUGCUUCAUCUCGCCAACUUGGGCAUGUCCAUGUUCUCGUCUGGCAAAUUUGAUAUGGCCAGCACAAAACCGGAAGACCUUUCAGCAAGUGUAUCUUCUGUGACUGCAGAUGAUGGCAAGAUGCCGAACCCUUGUUCAUUCUAUCUUUUGAAUCUGGCCAUUGACACUACCAUUGGUAUUCCUGUUCUCGUCAUCUUCCUACGUGUUCUACACAGUCUUUUCUUGAAGACUCCCAUGGCGAACCCACCCGAGUCUAUCAAGUCGGGCUACUAUGGCGCUCCGCCACGUGCUACCUGGUGGCUCAAGCAAUCUAUCAUCUACUUCAUCGGAUUGUUUGGUAUGAAACUUUUCGUCUUCCUGCUCUUCGCAAUGCUCCCAUGGCUGCCUUGGGUUGGCGAUUGGGCUCUGCGCUGGACUGAAGGCAAUGAAGCUCUUCAGAUUGCAUUCGUCAUGUUCAUCUUCCCUGUGGCGAUGAAUGGAAUUCAAUACUACAUCAUCGACAGUUUCAUCAAGGGCAAGGAGUCAGACAGAGAAGGGUUCCAGGCUGUUCCUACAGAGGAUGAUGAAGAGCGUCACAGAGACAGUGAUGAUGUGGAAGACGAAGACACUUCCAAGAGAAGGGAUAGGGUCAGCACUGCUGAGCAUGUAGCCGAAGCCAACCCCACUGCAGUGCCUUCUUACGAUCACGAGUCUGAUGCAGAAGGUUCGAGCCAGGGAAGCUCAGGUCGCAGGAAGUAG